AGCUUGUGAGGAGAGUGAGAGGGAAGUACAUCUGGUGCAGCUUCAUCCUCCUCCUCCUCCUCCUCCUCUUCCCAACGACCAACAACCGAGAUAAUCCAGCUAAUAUCAGCUGGAUCAGAUAAAGGAGCAGCAGUCGGACUGUUCUCCGUCAGCAGGCCGGUUCGGUUCGGUCACAUUUAACCAGAAUCCUCCAGAACCUCCGGCGGCUUGUUAGCGGAAGAAAAGCUGAAUAACAAGAUGAAGAUGAACGCGACCGAGCUGAAUCCCGCGCUGGCUGAGUACGACUUCGAGCAAAGGUUCGACGAAAAACGAGCCCUGGAAUGGAUGCAGGAGAACUGGAGCAUUGGGUUCAUGUUCUGUGGCCUGUAUGCUGCGUUCGUGUUCGGCGGUCAGCACUUCAUGAGGGAACGGCCGAAGCUGAACCUGCGACGCCCGUUAGUGCUGUGGUCACUCAGCCUGGCCAUCUUCAGCAUAAUAGGAGCUCUGAGGACUGGACUGUACAUGAUGCACGUCCUCACAAACAGCGGCUUCAGACAGUCGGUGUGUGACAUCAGUUUCUACAGCGCCCCCGUCAGCAAGUUCUGGGCCUACGCCUUUGUUCUUAGCAAAGCCCCCGAGCUGGGUGACACGGUGUUCAUCGUCCUCCGGAAGCAGCGCCUCAUCUUCCUGCACUGGUACCACCACAUCACCGUGCUGCUCUACUCCUGGUACUCCUACAAGGACCAGGUGGCGGGCGGCGGGUGGUUCAUGACCAUGAACUACGUGGUCCACUCUCUCAUGUACACGUACUACGCGGCGCGGGCGGCCGGCCUGCGGGUUCCCCGUCCCUGCGCCAUGAUCAUCACGGCCUCCCAGAUCCUGCAGAUGGUGAUGGGCCUGGCCGUCCUGGGCCUGGUGUACCGCUGGAUGCACGAGGUGCGCUGCCCGUCCCAGAUGGACAACAUCGCGUGGGGCUCUCUCAUGUACCUCAGCUACUUGGUCCUCUUUGCCUCGUUCUUCUACAACACCUACCUCAGAGGCUCCUCUGGCGACAAAGGGUCCAAGGCAGAGUAGUGCUGUCGAAGUGUGCCAUACGUAGAAACGACCGACCGUGAGAUGCCGUGAAUGUGUGAGUCACAACCAGGUCCUCCUCUUUUUAACGACAUUCUCACUUGACUUUUUAUAGGCAUCCGUAGCUCGACGCAGUGAUACAUCCGUGGAUUUAGAGCGGUAGGAAGGAGGAGGCCUGCUCAGACUCAGACAGGAGCACAGUAUGGAGAUGGAGGAAUACCACUAACAUAGUUCUCACCUCGUUUAUAUUAUUAUUGCCUCUGUGACUUAGACUCUUGGCCAGUAUCAAAAAUAAAACAGCCACAUGUUUGUCAGAGGUGGUUAACAGAUGUUUGUAUGUUGUAAUGACAAAGUGAUCAUCCUUGAUGUACACGGAAAAGCUCUGAAGUA